UUUCCCAGUGCUUAGCCAUUCUUGCACAUUCUCGGUGGAGUUGAAGAUGGUUCUAAAAACCGACCGGUUCCUUUGAACGACGCCAUCACUAUUUCAUCAAAAGGGUUUCUGAAUUCAAACCCAGAAACCAGUCUCUCUCCUUUCACUCUCACGCUGUCACGCAGAAACCACUAGCCUCCAUAGUUCCAUCUCAGGUCUUCCUUGAAAACCCUAGCCUCCAUAGCGCCGCCGUUCAUCUCACCGUCGCCGCCUGGUUCAUUGUUCUCAGGCCCUCCCCUCAAUCGCCCAAAGCAGUGUCUCCAGGUCCUGCUCCGCGUCUGUUCCCUCGUAGUCCGUCCAUCGUGUUGGUUGCCGGCUCGCCAGCUUCCUGUCGUCCAUCGAUCUCCCUCAAAUCUCUGCUCCCUGCCCUCGCCGAAGCCCGAAGAUUGAUAAGCUUCCGUUCCGAAUUCUCCUCCGCCGUGAUGCCUUCAUCAUCGUCAAUUUCUCAGGACCUGUACCCUUCCCAAGACGACCUUCUGUACGAGGAAGAGAUUCUCCGAAACCCUUUCAGCCUCAAGCUAUGGUGGCGAUACCUAAUUGCUCGUUCCGAAUCUCCCUUCAAGAAACGUUUCGUCAUUUACGAACGCGCUCUCAAAGCCCUUCCAGGUUCCUACAAGCUCUGGCACGCUUACCUCCGCGAGCGCCUCGAUCUCGUUCGAAACCUCCCAAUCACUCACUCUCAAUACGACACCCUCAACAACACUUUCGAGCGUGCUCUCGUCACUAUGCACAAGAUGCCUCGAAUCUGGAUCAUGUACCUCCAAACCCUAACCCACCAGAAGCUUCUUACAAGAACCAGGAGAACCUUCGAUCGAGCUCUUUGCGCUUUGCCGGUCACUCAGCAUGAUAGGAUCUGGGAACCCUAUUUGGUUUUCGUGAGUCAGAGGGGUGUGCCCAUAGAGACUUCUCUUCGGGUUUAUCGUAGGUACUUGAAGUACGAUCCUUCUCAUAUUGAGGAUUUUAUUGAGUUUUUGGUGAAUUCUUGCUUGUGGCAGGAGGCUGCUGAAAGGUUGGCUUCGGUUUUGAAUGAUGGCAUGUUUUUCUCGAUUAAGGGGAAGACUAGGCAUAGAUUGUGGUUGGAGUUGUGUGAAUUGCUCACUAGGCAUGCUAAUGAGGUCUCGGGGUUAAAUGUGGAUGCCAUAAUUAGGGGUGGGAUUAGGAAGUUCACUGAUGAGGUUGGCAGGUUGUGGACUUCGUUGGCCGAGUAUUAUAUUAGGAGGGGUUUGCAUGAGAAGGCGAGGGAUGUGUUCGAGGAAGGGAUGUCAACUGUUGUGACUGUUAGGGAUUUCGGUGUGAUUUUCGAUUCGUAUUCACAGUUUGAGGAGAGCAUGCUUGCUUACAAGAUGGAGGAGAUGGGAAUGAGUGACGAGGAGGAAGAAGAUGGUGAAGAAAACGGUUUUGGGGAUGGGGAAGAGGAGGAUGUUCGGUUUAAAGGGGAGGAUUUUGAGAGGAAGAUCUUACGCGGGUUUUGGUUGAAUGACAAGAAUGACAUAGACUUGAGGUUGGCACGUUUUGAUUACCUUAUGGAAAGGAGGCCGGAGUUGGCUAACAGUGUGCUAUUGCGCCAGAAUCCUCACAAUGUGGAGCAGUGGCAUCGGAGGGUGAAGCUUUUUGAGGGUAAUCCUACGAGGCAGAUACUGACUUAUACGGAGGCUGUCAGGACGAUUGAUCCCAUGAAGGCAGUGGGAAAGCCUCAUACUUUGUGGGUUGCCUUCGCCAAGCUGUAUGAACAUCAUAAAGAUCUUGCCAAUGCCCGGGUCAUAUUUGACAAGGCAGUACAAGUGAAUUAUAAAACUGUGGAUAAUCUGGCUAGUGUCUGGUGUGAGUGGGCAGAAAUGGAGUUGAGACAUAAGAAUUUUAAAGGAGCACUUGAUCUUAUGAGGCGGGCUACAGCAGAACCAUCGGUUGAAGUCAAACGAAGAGUGGCUGCUGAUGGGAAUGAACCAGUUCAGAUGAAGUUGCAUAAAUCUUUGAGAUUGUGGACCUUUUAUGUCGAUUUGGAGGAGAGUCUAGGUACUUUGGAGUCUACCCGGGCUGUUUAUGAGCGGAUAUUAGAUUUACGAAUAGCCACACCACAAAUAAUUAUUAAUUAUGCCUACUUUCUGGAGGAGCAUAAAUACUUUGAAGAUGCUUUUAAAGUGUAUGAAAGAGGGGUGAAGAUAUUCAAGUAUCCACAUGUGAAAGACAUAUGGGUCACAUAUCUGUCUAAAUUUGUGAAGAGAUAUGGAAAGACAAAAUUGGAGAGAGCAAGAGAGCUGUUUGAGAAUGCAGUUGAAACGGCUCCAGCUGAUCAAGUGAAGCCUCUUUACCUGCAAUAUGCUAAGCUGGAGGAGGACUAUGGACUAGCCAAGCGAGCCAUGAAAGUGUACGAUGAAGCAACUAAGGCUGUUCCUAAUGAUGAGAAGUUAAGCAUGUAUGAAAUAUACAUUGCUCGUGCAUCUGAGAUAUUUGGUGUACCCAAAACUAGGCAGAUCUAUGAGCUGGCAAUUCAAUCUGGUCUUCCGGACAAAGAUGUCAAAACUAUGUGCCUAAAGUUUGCUGAGCUGGAGAAAAGCUUGGGAGAAAUAGAUCGAGCACGUGCAAUAUAUGGACAUGCCUCUCAGUUUGCCAAUCCACGAUCAGAUCCGGAAUUCUGGGAAAAGUGGCAUGAAUUUGAAGUUCAGCAUGGAAACGAAGAUACCUUUAGAGAGAUGCUUCGCAUUAAACGAAGUGUCUCUGCAAGCUACAGCCAGACACAUUUCAUAUUGCCAGAGUAUCUGAUGCAAAAGGAUCAGACUGUGAAUCUUGAUGAAGCCAAAGACAAGUUGAAACAGGCUGGGGUCCCUGAGGAUGAAAUGGCUGCUUUAGAAAGGCAACUAGCCCCAGCAACAAACGAUACAGCAACCAAAGAGAGAAAAGUAGGGUUUGUGAGUGCUGGAGUGGAAUCACAGACUGAUGGAGGGUUGAGAGUCAGUGCGAAUCACGAGGAUAUUGAGUUACCAGAAGAAAGUGACUCUGAUGAUGAGGAAAAGGUUGAAAUUGCACAAAAGGAUGUCCCUUCUGCUGUUUUUGGCAGUUUGGUUCGAGGUAGAGAGGAGAGUGGAAUGAAUGGAGAAGCGGAUGGUACUAAAGAUCAAGAUAAUGAGAGUCGGCUUGGUGCCCUUGAGAGAAUAAAGAGGCAAAAAACAAAAUGAAAUGCCUGAUCACAAAUUUUGUAUACCAGUAAAAAUAUUUGAAUCUUUUUUUAUGGUUUGUAACUUAGUAAUACUAACUAACAUCAAUCUAACCUCAGUUGUUUAGCUGUAUUUCAGACGUCUUGUGCAUCUUGCAGUAAAUUGAGUUGUAGCACAAUGCUUUUGUUCUUUCUAA